UUUUCCAUUGCACCUCCGACCAGUACGUUGUUUGCAAACAUAAAGGACGUGAAUUUGAACUUGAUUUUAUUGGCUAAUCAACUAAGUGUUGAAGGUUAUAGUUAAUGUGAUUUUAUUCACAGUCAUUUAGUGAUUCAGCGAUUCUAUUCAUCAAGGUAAACACUGUUACUUAGUGACAAUAUUGAAGAAAAUACGAAUUAUGUGGAGCAUACUUUAGGUAUAUAUUAAAACAAUUGGGUGUUUAAUAGUCAUCGGUGUAGACCUUACUAAGGUGUUUUCGAAAUCGAGGAAUGCUUCCAGAAGAAUCUCCGGAGGAUUUGCCAGCCGCAACUGAGAAUGGGGAAUAUGUUAUACCAGAAUUGGAGUUUAAAAUUCCUUCUGCUCAUAUUACUUUAAGCCCCAAGAAACACGUGACGUACACAAUAACAAUUGUGAAAGAAGGAUCAUCGCCAGACAGCCACCCGAGUGUUAUAGAGCGGCGUUACACAGAGUUUCUGGAGCUGUACACAGGCCUUCAUCAGGAGUUUCCCACCAUCAUGGCAAACUACAACUUCCCAAAGAAAGUAGUAUUGGGAAACUUCAAAAACGAGACUAUUGAUAUGAGGAAGUGUGGUUUCGAGGUUCUUCUGUCAGUUGUGGCUCAGAACGAAAAAAUCCGGGAAUCCAGUUCUGUGAUCAAUUUCUUUCUUGGGAAGGAGCAAAGUGAAGCUCUCAAACUUAUCAGUGAAAAAAAUUACAGUGCGGCAAUAGCACCGCUGGAGAUGAUUUUCCGACUGCUGAACAAAUUGUUCACCAACAGACAUCCGCUGGUGCUGCGUGCGCUGUGUCUGCUGGUGGCAUGUUGUGACGCGGCGGGUGUUGUCUGGACACAGAAGUACGCUGAGACAGCAGUGACGCGGUACGAGGCAGUGAGUGACGCCGACUCGCUGCGUUACUACGUGCCACUACUGCAGCUCUGUGUGCGACUGCUGCCCGGCGCAGAAGCUCUGCAGGAACGGCUCAGCUCUAUGAAGAGAAGAGGGAUGAAGGUGGUGGGGUGUCCUCCGCUGCUGGACGCCGUCUUGGCCGACUUUCCCUCCACUUCAGGGCAGACAUAACUGUAAACUAGUAAGUGGAUUUUAGCUUAAGCCUACACUCAAAAGCCACUUUGAAGGCUCUCUGUAAAAGACGCUCUUGGACCAAAUUAGCUUAUUAUGUUUUAAAAGAACGUGAGGUUGAGCACCCAAGGAAUUGCUGUCAAUGCCUAAUAUAUAUUUUUAUACCUUUGCUUAUCUUUAUCCAUGCAUACUAAAACCACACACUGAUUGAAAGUAAUGUUGGCUAAUACAAAAUAAUGUGUGUUUGUAAACAAAGUAUCUAUCAUGUUUUCAAUCAGGUGAAAUAUUUAAGUACUAUUUAAUAGUAAUGUAUUUUGGGUACCAUACUAUCCAUUCUACCAAAUUGUUUCUUCCUUCUGUUUUUAUAGAUUCGAUCAGUUUCUGUUCGGCUAUGUAAUUUCAAGAACAGGCCAGAUUUUGAUCCUUCUUAAUAAAACCGUUUUAAUGUUUGUCGUGCUUUACAUUUUAAAGCUAGUCUAAAGAAUCUCAAGUCAAAUCGUCUGAGAUAACGAAACAUUGCGUUCACAUUGAGUGUAUUUUUAUUAUAGGGCAAUGGAAUUGAGUUGGUUUUAGUGUUCAUAUCGUAUGUUGAAGAUGCUGCUGUGAGUAAGACUGUGUUGUCCCUCUACCGAUUGCGGUCCGCCAAGUUGCAUUGUGGUCAAACCACCCAGAUGCAUUGUGGUCAAACCACCCAGAUGCAUUGUGGUCAAACCACCCAGAUGCAUUGUGGUCAAACCACCCAGAUGCAUUGUGGUCAAACCACCCAGAUGCAUUGUGGUCAAAUCACCCAGAUGCAUUGUGGUCAAACCACCCAGAUGCAUUGUGAUCAAACCACCCAGAUGCAUUGUGGUCAAACCACCCAGAUGCAUUGUGAUCAAACCACCCAGAUGCAUUCAAUGAUUGCCUGUUCGAUUCAUGGAUAAAGUGUUAAACACAACAAAUCCAUGUAAUGAUAUUUGUUUUUCUAGUAAUUUAGAUUUAAAUGUGUAUGGAGAAUUUGGUUUGAAACUGAUGAGGAAGAGGUGUAUUUUGUGACAGUGGCAGAGAGAGGUACUACAGAAGUAGAGUGGCACAAUACCUUGUGUUUGGACAGACUCUAAUACAAUACACACCACUUGUAUUUAACAUAAUAGAGAGUGUUGAAAAAUAAACAUGAACACAUGUUUUUGGUCCAGGAGUGUUAUAUUGCCACUAUUUCUAAUAAGUUUUAAAUGCUUUCUUAGCAUACCUGCUCUAACCAUGUUUUUAAUAAGUUGAUUAUAUUUUAAAAUAUUAACCAAUUACAUCGUUAUGUUUACAUAAUGUCAAUUCUUCUAAUAUGAGUCAGUGCAAACUAGAUUACCAAAUUAAUGUCAAAUUGCAUUUAAUAUUAUCACUCAAAAUUGGAAAAAUUGAUUUCUGGGUUUGAAAAACUUAUAAAAUAUAUAUGUAAUAAACAAAUAAAUAAAUAUAUAAAUAUAUAUAUAUAUAUAAAUAUAUAUAUAUAUAUAUAUAUAUAUAUAUAUAUAUAUAUAUAUAUAUAUAUAUAUAUGAUAGUAAUAAUAACUUUAAAAUGUAACUGUCGAACCUCAUUAUGAAGAUAGAGUGAAAAGUGGAUGAUUCAAGAUAGUGGAUCAUUCAAACUUAUCUUCUGGUCCUUGACAUUUGUUAUAUACUGUUCAAAUAGGGUGGGUAAUUAAAGUUUUGUUUGGAUAGUUUAAAAUUUUCAUGUUUAUUUUACAUUUUGUCUGAGCUAGAAUUCCUAUCAGUUGGCAAGGUAACAGUAUAAUGUACAGUAAAACGUCUUACUGUAGUCACACUAUGUUUACAAGAUAUGGCUCCAACCUGCCACUCGAACCGCUGUGCCUUCUUGAUUCUCACGAAGUUAGCACUAUGAGCGAUCAGAGUACGUUGCCACGCCACAGUCCGGGUCUGUACUCAAUAUUUAACUGUAUUACGAGGUUACUGUAGUCACACUAUGUUUACAAGAUAUGGCUCCAACCUGCCACUCGAACCACUGUGCCUUCUUGAUUCUCACGAAGUUAGCACUAUGAGCGAUCAGAGUACGUUGCCUCGCCACAGUCCGGGUCUGUACUCAAUAUUUAACUGUAUUACGAGGUUACUGUAGUCACACUAUGUUUACAAGAUAUGGCUCCAACCUGCCACUCGAACCACUGUGCCUUCUUGAUUCUCACGAAGUUAGCACUAUGAGCGAUCAGAGUACGUUGCCACGCCACAGUCCGGGUCUGUACUCAAUAUUUAACUGUAUUACGAGGUUACUGUAGUCACACUAUGUUUACAAGAUAUGGCUCCAACCUGCCACUCGAACCGCUGUGCCUUCUUGAUUCUCACGAAGUUAGCACUAUGAGCGAUCAGAGUACGUUGCCUCGCCACAGUCCGGGUCUGUACUCAAUAUUUAACUGUAUUACGAGGUUACUGUAGUCACACUAUGUUUACAAGAUAUGGCUCCAACCUGCCACUCGAACUGCUGUGCCUUCUUGAUUCUCACGAAGUUAGCACUAUGAGCGAUCAGAGUACGUUGCCACGCCACAGUCCGGGUCUGUACUCAAUAUUUAACUGUAUUACGAGGUAGGAGUCUCCCACCUUCGCUAGAGGUUCAUUCUGAUAGUUACACUACACAUAAUGUGUUACUGACAGAGUGAUUGUACUCAGUUUGUUUACAACAAUCCCGUGGAGUGACUAUCAAAAUUCAAGUCUAUAGGUCUGUUCGUUUAUGAUGUAUUGUAGGGGUAGAUGGCCAAACAGAAAUACAAUUUUUCGUGUCCUUGAAUGAUAAACUUUUCUAAUGCUCAGCUUAUGAGGGAUGGAUUGGGAUUGAAGCUCAGGAAGUUAACUAAUUUUUUUGACACAUUUUUUCUCAACAAACGAUGAAAUGUUUUUUCUUAAGGAAGAACCAAAAGCAAUCCAAGACAUGUAGUACAAAAACAUAAUGAUCAAUGAAUAUUUACACACAAUUAAAAAUCAGCAAACUACAUUUGUGACAGCAAAUUUCAAAUCAAUUGGUACAUGCAGAGUAUUAAAAUACCUUCAGAUCUAAUAAAAACAACAAUAAUAAUAAUCUUUUGUGCUAUAAAAAUGUACAAUAUUAUUGAAAAAGUCAUGGUAUACAGCAGUUCAUCCACAAAUUGUUAAUAAUUAUUAACAAUCCAUAUUUCUGGAGUUGAAUGAUUUAUUAAAGUUGUAAAAUGAAUUCUCCAACAACCAGAGAUGGAACUUAUUUUUAAAAAUAUCAAAGGGAUAUGAGAAAAUCUUUUUCUUCAAAAAGUUAUAAAUUUUUAAAGACUUAUCACUUAUCAGGAUUUUACUUAAAUAAAAGAGUCAAAUUUCAACAUUGUUUCGAUUAUGAGUGUUGCGUUCAUGAAUUUGACGUUUAAUAUUAAGGAAAUUGGAUUGUAGUGUAUGGAAGUCACACACACAAACACACACACAUACAAUUUUUUAACAGUUUAGAAAUGAAAACAUUUGAUGUGAGAUUUACAAUGCUUUCUGAAGUCAAAAUUUUUAAAACCCCUGAUUACCUUCUUUGUAAUACUAAUAUUUUUGUAAUUCUGGUACAGUUACCAUAUAAAACUAACCCAUGUUGAAAAAGGCAAAAUAUGCGGCUCUUAUGUAAUUUAGCAGUGCAAUAUCGUUUAGUCUACUCAAAAGAUAAAUAACUCGAGAAAGUCUUUUAUUUAGACAAUGAAUAUGUGUUGUGUUGCCCAUCAAGAUUUUAUCAAGAUUGAUACCCAAAAAUUUAACUGUGUUUGAAAAGCCUAUAAACAAAAAUGAUGCCUAAUAGUAAAUAAAGUUUUUUGUCCUUAUUUAACAUUUGCAUAAAACCAAUUUAAUGUGUUUUCUAAUGUAUCAUUUGCUAAUAGUUCCAGAUCAUGAAUACUUUGUCUGAAAUUAAAAAGUGUACUAUCAUCUGCAUAUAUGCUAUAUAUAAUAUGCUUUUUGAGUUAUGGUAAAUCAUUUAUAUAAACUAAAAAGAGUAGAGGUCUGGGACAGAUCGCGGAACUUCUUCCAACCAUUUACCAUUACAUAAACCAAGUGCUUGCAAUUAUCUAGAUAUGAUUAUAUAAACUAUAUAUAUAUAUUAUAUAUCAGAGGACAAACCUGUGUGAUCUGAUGGAAAGAAAUCAACUAGAUCGCAAAUGUGUUGUGACAAUUAUAGUCUGUUACUAUCGUGGCUCCCAUACUAAACACAGUGACCUGGGGUACUCAUGCUCUGACUGAACCGUUGGUAAAUAACAAAAUGAUUUAUGAAAACAAUUUAAGGUGUAAAUUUACAAUUAAGAUUUUGAAAUUAAUUCAUGUUUAAAUAUUGCUAAUUUUGUAAAAUGGUCAAAUAAAAAUAAAAAAGCUAACAUUUAGAUCUUUUAUGAGGAUUGUAAUUUAAUUUUAAUUAGUUGUUAUGACAAGUUAAUUAUAAUUAGUUAAUUAUUUAUGAAGAUAAUUUAAGCCAUAAAUCGUUAUUCUAGGUUUUGAAAUAUAUUCGAAUCUAAUCAAAUCUUGUUGGAUGAUAUUUUUGUUGUGUUAGAUGACAGCUAUAAUUAUAUAUUAGAUUAUUUAAGAUGACUAAUACACUUAUAUAAUAUCAGAUUAAGUUUUAAAAGGUUUGUUUAACAAGUUUAAAUCUAGAUUAAUACCCAUAGUUACUUUUUAAUCAAACUAAAACUAACAGAAGAAGGAUUGCAGAGCGGAUUGUAAUUAUUGAUAGCUUUAUGAAGGUAAUAGAAAAUCUGUACACUUUUGUGAGAUUCUACUUAACUUUGUCAUAUUAACUACGAAUUUGUAAUCUACAUAAACUCAUGUACCAGAUGUACAUGUUGCUUUAUGAAGGAUUUCAAAAUUUACCUUAAAAUAAUAACAGGCAGACUAAUAUUAUCAAGUUAAAUUAAUUUAUGGUGAAAUGAAGGUUAGUGAUGCAACAUAAUUAUUCCGUUAUAUUUGUAGUGUUUGUUUGUUUUAAUAUUGAUUGUAAUCAAUAUAUCUAAUUGAUUAUAAUUAAGGGUAUAUUUUUGCUUUCAUCAAUGAAAUGAGUGGAGUAUCAGUGUUUAUUUUAUUUAUUUAUUAUUAUUUAUUUAUAAAAGUUAUAUUUAUAAAACAAUCAGCUUUAUAUUAUUUAUUUUUGGUUGUGAAGAAGGUGUGAUUCACUUUAUAUAUUGUUAAGUUUUUGUUAUUAAGUAAUAUGUUUGUUAUAUUGUGAUAUAUACUGAAUUCAAAAAUCUCUGGUUAUAAUGAAGAGAUUAAAUAUAUUGUUUUAGGUUUAAUAUGUAUUAUUGUGUUCAUAGUGAAAGAGACGACAAAUCACACUAGACUAAGUUAAGUAAUACUGUUGAAAAACAAAAAAGUUAUUUGAACUGUGGGACAUAAGAUUUGUGUCAUUUAAAUGUAUUGCAAGAGGAAUAAUGGGUUUUAAAUUUCUGAAGAAAUAGAGCAUCAUUUUAAUACUGAAAUAAAAGAUAUCUCAUAUACUAACAAAAAAUUGGUAUUUGUUAAUACUAAUACUCAAAAAGACUAAUUACAGCCAUAAUUAGUAUUUGUCAUUAAUUACGGAUAAUUUGGUAACUGCGAUACUACUACGGUAGAAGAAUUUAACGAUUCUUACAAUUUAUUGAUUGUAAUUGUUAUUGAUUAGUUUAGAGUUGGAAGUAUAUUUUUCAGUUUACUUGCAAAUUUAAAUGUGUUUUUUGGAAUGUUUAAAUUAGAUAUAUUAAUAUAAAAAUAUAUAUUUGUUAAUUUUUAGAGAAUUAAAUAUGAACAAUGGAAUAGUUGUACAAAUUUAUUGUGUAAUGUGUUUUUAUACUAACAAAAUUAAAAGUUAUUUCAGUUUGAAUUUAAUUGCUUGAUGUUGUAUUUUAAAGCGUAAGUUUUUGUUUGGCAGUCUUACCCUGUAAUAGAAAAAAAUAAAAAGUGCUAAAUUUACAUAGUUGUUCCCUCAAGAAUAAAUUAAAUAAAAAUAAAAAUUGAAUAUUAAAAGAUAUUAAAUCACACAUUAAAUGAUACAAUGAUCACAAUAUGUUCUGAAAUGUUUUAUGAACUUUACUGAAAUAAUUUGUACUUCAGCCAGUUUUUAAAUUCUUCAACAAUAUAUUGUACAUUUGACUCCUGCUUGUGUUCACUUCUAUUUAUUGUUAUUUAUUGAUUAUAUUUUACACUGUUAAUAUACUCAUUAUAAUACAUUUUAUAACAAAAUGUCUUGUUAUGCUUUUUGAUUACUCUAUUUUGUCAUAAUUGUAAUUAAAUGUAAUUAUUGGUAAUUUAUCAUUAUAAUAUUGUUAAGUUUGUUAUUAAUCAAGUUGUAUGAAAUAUAAAGUGUUACAAGUUAAAGCAAAAUUUUAGUCCAUAAGUGGCAAUUUCUGCAAUCUGCAGACAGAGUGAGUAUAUAUUGCUAUAUACCUUACAAUAUAUUGAGAAUUAAUUGUUUGGGAAAUUUAUCAAGUUUUCCGGAACUUGUAAAAAAACCUGUUAAAUCUAUACAGUAUUAUUUAAUAAUUAUUUUAAGUGACUAAGAAAUAGUUAUAUUUAUUUUAAUACUAUGUGACUGAUACUUGUAAUAUAAUAAUAAAUAUAAUAAAAUUUAACCAAACAACUGUUCAAUUCCAACCUGUCGUGAUUGUACAGAAUUAAAUGACAAUUUUUCUAAGUUUCUUGGUUGUAUUCAAAAUAUUGUACAAAUUUAGUUUAUUUUUUGAAUGAAUAAGGUAAUAAAACCAACUUUGCCAUGCAUAAAUACAAUAAUCUCUAAUGUGUUUGUCAAAUGCUGUUUUUCCAGUAAUAAUUGGAAAAUUCAAUGAAUGUAAAAUAUAUCUUUUGAUUAUGGCAAAACAACAGUCAUAACUACUUUGUUCUGCUCUCAUAGUAAUUAUUGUUAUUUAGUAUCACUUAGAAAUGUUGAUUGCUCAUUUUACCAAAACUUUAGUACAGAAAAUCAUUGUUACAUAAAAUAUAAUUGGUGUAUUUUAUUUGUGACUCGUAUAUUUUCUUUAUUAAUACAGUUACUGAUUGAUGUUAACAUGAUUAGCUUAAUCAAAUAUAAUUUUAGUUCACAGAUUCAAUUAUAAAAAAGCCUAAGAAUAUAAUUUGUAUCAAGUACCAAGAACAGUUUCAACAUCACAACAGCAAUAAAUCUAAAAGUUAAGAUUUAAAAAUAAAUAAAAUAACUAAUAAAUAUAAAAAAUGUAUAAAAUCAAUAACACAAACUAAUGGGUUAUAAUUCAAUUGAUUACAUUCAUUUAAAUUUGUGUACAAAAUGAACACUGUUUUAAUAGCCAUAUUUACAAUGUUCACCUCUUUUUAAUUACUCCAGAGGAUGGAAUAAAGCAGUGAUUACAACAAUUCACCUUUACAAAAUUGUUCUAUCUAAAUAAUGCUUGAAUAAAUAAGAACAGGUGGUGAUAACGAAGGCGAUGGUAUUGUCUUAUUUUAUUGAUGAAUUGAAAUACAUUAAAUUUUAUUCUAUCCAAAAAAUUAUUUAACACAAAAAAAUAAUGUAAUACAGUGUGUGAACAAAGUUAUGUCUCACUUUGAAAUAACUAUUUACAAAAGUAUAUACAGCACAAGAAUGAGGUUAACAUAGGAUUAAAGAAUACUGUAAACAGGUUUAUGUCAGUUUAUCUGACCCUGCAGACCUCCAAGCGAGCUUUCAUCUUCUCUCAUAUUUUGAUCAGGACUUCUGGGCUAACUGAUUCAAUUGCAGCUCUCAUUCGUUGCUUUAAGUGUUCAAUAAACGAGCAUUAUGACGAUGCACAUUUCCAGACAAGUGAAAGGUAACAUCAACACAAAAAACAAUUCCGUUUAUAAAAUCUUGAUCCAGUCAAUUUUCAUACAGAAUAAGAACGGCAAUGUCAUACCUCUUUAAUUUGUUAUCUGGUAUCAAAGCAUGCACUAUUUGAGGUUAUUUAAGUUAAAUUUAAGUCGUUUCUUCAAAACUGAAUGAAUUGUAUACUUAGGGACAUUCAACUCAUGUCCAUGUUGGACUUCACACUUGUACUUCUUGUACUUCUUACAAAAAGUGUUUGAAUUUUUUUUACGGUUUGAUCUCCUGUUUAUAGCCUACCUGUCUUUAUGUUGUCGAAAAAAAUGUCUGUUUCCUUGAACGUCUUAUCCCAUUAAUAAAUUCUACAUCUCUGAGGGAUUUUCAUGAAACACUCUGUGAUACUAACACUGAACUGAAAUCACAGCAUAAAACUUUGCUAGCCACAAAAUAUACUGAACUUUUCAUUACAAAGUUGCCAUUACGGCUGUCUUUGUAAAAACGUUACCCACAGUUAUCCACAGAUGAGAACAGUGGGUAACUCGGCUAGUAAAACAAAACUUUAUAAACCAAUGUUUUAAUUUAUAUCUGUUUCAUAGACCUGCGAUCAAUAAUAGAGUAGCUAUAAUCAAUUAAAAGUGUGACAUGACUUUGUGGACACACUGUAAUGUAUAUAGGAUCCAUCAUUGUACUCAAUGACAAGAUUAUAAUCGUGUAACUUAUUGUAAUUUUGUAAUUUUGAAUUUGUUUUGUUUCAUAGCAUAAUCAAGUGUUAAACUCUGCUUGUUUUAUUCCCUUAGAAACUAUUCUCAAGGUCUCUUGGAAUUUCCCUAUCCCUAGCCGUAUUAUGCAUGCAUAAGGUUGGCUGAUAUUUUGUAUAUUAGAAAGUGUCAAUUAGACUACAUUUAAUAUAUUUUAAUAAUGCAAAGAUUUAACAAUAAACUGAAAACUAUUUAUAUUUGCACUUCAUGAUAUAAAUAUAAUAUAUACCUUGCUAAUAUUUAUAUACUCAAAAUUUUAUAAAGUUGGAAUAAUGUUCAUGUGUAGAAACAUGUGAAGCAUAAUAAAAACACUCAUAAAGGAA